GCGCCGCGCUGCCCGGCGCGGGCUGUGGCGGUGCCCCGCGCGCGCGGCGCGGCUGGCGCCGCGCGCGGCGUGGCGCUGCCAGUCGUGGACAUCGGGCCAUUCCUGCGGCUGGUCCCGCGCGGCGCUUCGGGCUGCCCAGCGCGGGCCGCGGCGGCGGCGGCGCUCGGCAACGCCUGCCAAGCGCUGGGUUCUUCUACCUGGUCGGCCACGGCGUGCCCUGCGACGACGUGCGCGCACUGCACGGGCUGGCGCGCGACUUCUUCGCGCUUCCCCCCAGCCAGAAGGCGGCGAUAUCCAUGGCGAGUGACCCUGCGGGCGGCCGCGGCUACCAGCGGCUGGGCGAGAACGUCACCGAGGGCCGGCCCGACUGGCACGAGGCCAUCGACUUCCUCGCGGAGCCCGGCGAGGGGGACAUCGAUUUCGACGGGCUCGGCGCCUGGGUCGGCGCCGCGAAGCUGCGGGGCAUGAGGCGGCUGGCGCUGUCCCGCAACCUGUGGCCGCCGCAGCCGGCCGCGCUGCGGCCAGCCGCGGAGGCGCACUUCGCCCGCAUGAGAGUGCUGGGCCAGGCGCUGAUGGAUGCCACCGCGCAGGCGUUUGGGCUGCCCCCCGACCACUUGGCCCCGCUGGUGGACCGGAGCUUCUGGGUGGCCAGGAUCAUCGGGUACCCGCCGCUGGGCGGCAGGGAGGCGGACGGCGUCGAGUCCUGCGGCGAGCACACCGACUACGGCUGGUGGACCCUGCUGAGCCAGGAUGAGACGCCGGGCGCCCUCGAGGUGCGCACGGCGGCGGGCGACUGGACGACGGUCGAGCCGCUGCCCGGGGCAUUCGUGGUGAAUCUCGGCGACAUGCUGCACGUGUGGAGCGGCAGGCGCUUCAAGGCGACCCCGCACCGUGUCCGGCAGACGCAGGUGGGCUGCUACCGCACCUCCGUCGCCUUCUUCUUCGAGCCGAACUUCGACGCCGUCAUCCGCCCCGUCGGAGCACCUCCGAGAGACGAGGCUCCGUCUGCGUGCGGGGACGGUCUUUCCAGGGACUCAGACCGUGCGCUCGACCGUGCCCUCGGGGGCGCCCCCAUCGCCUACGGCGAGCAUCUGUUCGACAAGAUCUCCAGCAAUUUCUCCUUCCAGUGAGCCAUCACCGCUUUUUCCCGGCCCUCGUCCACCGCCCUUCCCCUCCCCCUCCGUCCUGCCCAACGGCCCCCCCCCAGGGUCGUCACGGGGGGGGGCGAUCUGGCCAGGACUUCGAGGCGAGCUCAGCAGUGGCGGCGAGGCGCCCCGCCCUCUUGGAGGCGCAGGGCGGCGAGAACGUCCAACAUACCUCGUCCUCGUCCCGCCUCCCUUUACGCUUUGUCGUGUCCUUCCACAGGAGGAAAAUUCAGAAGUAGUCAAAAAAUAGUAUGGGCAUUUUUGGGCACAUUUUGUCGUAUGUUGGACUAUUUUUAUUUUUCGUCCAAAGUCCGCCUGUAGGGGGACGCCCGAUCUAAGCCUCCCUCCUCCGCCGUGCGUGCGCUUCCGCGCGUCGGGGAGGGGGGCGGGGAGGGGGGGAGAGCGGACUGGACGUGGGCCGUCGUCGGUCCCCUGGCGUGCGCCCGCGCCCCGCCGCCGAG